AUGGGAAACAAGAACCGACCCGAUGAAAGGGUAGUCUACCUGACCUUAAGAAAGGUGUUCAAAGGACCCAAUGCUAGAGUACGACGGCCGUCGUUGAUCCGGAAACUAAUCAUUGGGCAUCAAGACCACGAGGACAUCGCAGCUUUAAUUAGCGCACACAACAUCGACACAUUAUGCAAUAUAACGCGCGAGUUGCUUACAGAGCAGAUUUUUGAGGCGACACUCAAGGCGAAAAUUCGGUUUCCUGAAGUUUUUGACGUUUCGCCGGCCCAAAGCGCAGAUAGGGAUGCCUCUGACGCCGAGGCUGCUAGGAACGAUGCGAAAGCGAUAGAAGACGCUGCCCAGGGUCGCCAAGGGGUUGCCUCUGAUAUUACGCAAAUCGAAGCAGAUACCGCCGACAUCUUCCGAGCAAUAGCACCGUAUCCCGUCGCUAUUCCUGUCUACCUGCCCUUCAGAACUCAGCAUCGCCUUCUCGUCAAGGUACAAGCGAUCAUGGAACAGGCAUGCUUCGAGUUUGGACAGCAUACUAUGCCUGAUGUUCUGCGAAAGCGUCGAUGGGACUGUCCCGAGUCUUGCGAGCUUAAUCUCUGGGCUGCAGAAUUCCUAGCGCGCCAGAGUAUGUUUUCUGGGAAGGGGCCCGGCAUCGGGAAGCUAGUUGCCGGCCUUUUUCGCUCGGUAGCCGACAUCCGACACACCGCUGUUCACCGCCUCCGUCAUCGCGCAAGGGGAAUAGAGCAAUUCUUGCUUGACGCCGAGAGCCUAGUGAUACUCCUAAAAAACGAUGGUGGUCUAAAAUUAAUCAGAAAACUCCGGCGGGAUACGCAGUUAGCAAUCGAGGAGCUGGAACGCAACAAGCACGUUCUGAUAUCGAAGUUCGAGGAGACUUUGAAGAGAAUAGACGCGCAGCGGGCUGAGCUGGACCGGCUUGAGCAGGUGGCUAUGGCUAACAUGGUGAAGGAAGAUGGCGAGUACAGGACGUUUACUGGCACGAACUUGGAGCAAGAUAUCGAAUGCUUAGAAGUCGAGCAAUACGAUAUUGGCCAAGUAUUUUAA